GUUGUCUUGUGGAAAUGAAGGUUUAAAGAGAAGUCAUUUAUCACAGUAGAAGAUGGGCUCGAACAGCAGCAGAAUCAGUGAUCUUCCGAAAAAUGAGUACUUAAAAAAGCUCUCAGGAACAGAGUCUGUCUCUGAGAAUGAUCCAUUCUGGAAUCAGCUUCUCUCAUUUUCUUUCCCUGCGCCUACCAGCAGUAAUGAGUUGAAGCUUUUGGAGGAGGCAACUAUUUCGAUCUGCAGAUCUUUAGUUGAAAACAAUCCUCGAACAGGAAACCUUGCUGCACUAGUCAAGGUCUUCCUCUCAAGAACCAAAGAACUGAAACUCUCAGCGGAAUGCGCAAACCACAUCUUCAUUUGGCAGACACACAAUGCUUUGUUUAUUAUUUGCUGUUUGCUGAAGGUGUUCAUCUGUGAAAUGUCAGAAGAAGAAUUGCAACUUCAUUUUACUUAUGAAGAGAAAUCUCCUGGCACUUACACAGGUUCUGACUCGGAAGAUCUUUUAGAAGAAUUGUUGUGCUGUCUGAUGCAGCUGGUCACCGAUAUUCCACUCCUAGACAUCACGUACGACAUUUCCGUGGAGGCCGUCUCCACGCUGGUGGUCUUCCUCUCCUGCCAGCUCUUCCACAAGGAGGUCCUGCGCCACAGCACCAGUCACAAAUAUUUGAUGCACGGCCGAUGUCUUCCGUACACCAGCAAACUUGUGAAAACCUUACUGUAUAACUUCAUCAGACAAGAAAAGCCGCCUCCUCCAGGUGCACACGUCUUACCUCAGCAGUCAGACGCGGGAGGACUGCUUUACGGACUCGCCUCUGGAGUAGCAACUGGACUCUGGACGGUCUUCACCCUGGGCGGGGUGGGCAGCAAAGCUGCCGCCGCCCCAGAGCUGACUUCCCCGCUGGCCAACCAGAGCCUCCUGCUGCUCCUGGUGCUGGCCAACCUGACGGAUGCCGAGGACGCACCCAACCCCUACCGACAGGCUGUCAUGUCCUUUAGGAACACGCAAGACAGCAGCCCUUGCCCCUCGUCCGCCCCCCACACCUUCCAGAUCAACUUCAACAGCCUGUACACGGCGCUGUGUGAGCAGCAGGCCUCGGACCAGGCCACGCUGCUGCUCUACACCCUGCUGCACCAGAACAGCAACAUCCGCACCUACAUGCUGGCCCGCACCGACAUGGAGAACCUCGUUUUACCAAUUCUUGAGAUCCUCUAUCACGUUGAAGAAAGAAAUUCACACCAUGUGUACAUGGCGCUUAUAAUACUGUUGAUUCUUACAGAAGAUGACGGCUUCAAUAGGUCCAUUCACGAAGUGAUAUUAAAAAACAUUACUUGGUAUUCCGAACGGGUUUUAACUGAAAUUUCUCUGGGGAGUCUCCUGAUCCUAGUCGUGAUAAGAACCAUUCAGUACAACAUGACAAGGACAAGGGACAAGUACCUGCACACAAACUGCCUGGCCGCUCUGGCAAACAUGUCGGCGCAGUUCCGUUCCCUCCACCAGUAUGCUGCUCAGAGGAUCAUCAGUUAUACCUGCCGCCACUUGCGGAGAUAUGUUUAUGUGUUGGACAAACUGUAUUCCCCCCACUCUCACUGUUCUACGAGUCAGCGUUGCUUCUCGAGCCCCAGUGACAAUGGAGAGGAACUCUUGUCUUUAACUUGCUCUCACAUUCUCAGAUCCUAUGCCUCCAGUUUGUUUUCCCUGCUGUCCAAAAAACACAACAAAGUUCUGGAACAAGCCACACAGUCGUUAAGAGGUUCCUUGAGUUCCAAUGAUGUCCCUCUACCAGAUUAUGCUCAAGACCUGAACGUGAUCGAGGAAGUGAUCCGCAUGAUGCUGGAGAUCAUCAACUCCUGCCUCACCAACUCCCUCCACCACAACCCCAACCUGGUGUAUGCACUGCUCUACAAACGUGACCUCUUCGAACAGUUCCGGACCCAUCCCUCGUUCCAGGACAUCAUGCAGAAUAUCGAUCUGGUGAUCACCUUCUUCAGCUCGAGGCUGCUCCAGGCGGGGGCUGAGCUGUCGGUGGAGCGGGUCCUGGAGAUCAUCAAGCAAGGGGUGGUGGCACUGCCCAAGGACCGGCUGAAGAAGUUCCCGGAGCUGAAGUUCAAGUACGUGGAGGAGGAGCAGCCCGAGGAGUUCUUCAUCCCCUACGUGUGGUCCCUGGUGUACCACUCGGCCGUGGGCCUCUACUGGAACCCGCAGGACAUCCAGCUCUUCACCAUGGAUGCCGACUAGGCGGCCCGGGCGUCCUCAGGCCAUGCAGAUGUCUCUUCUCCCAAGAUCACUUCCAGGUGGCUGCCGUCAGGGCGGCCCCGGGCACUGCGCCCCAUAACGCUCGGGUCCCCAGCCUGGGUGCCCGUCGGCGGUGGGCAACUCAGCCCAAGUGAGGCGCAC